AUGUCAGAACAACAAUCUCGUGGUGGUGGCAGGGGGCGGGGUGGAGAGCGUGGAGGACAACGAGGUAGGGGACGUGGGCAGGGUUCUGAUUCGGGACAGGGACAACAUCCCAUUUUCGAUGCUCCUUCAGGUGGGCGUGGGCGCGGCGAACGUGGUGGAUAUCGAGGUGACCGCGGCCGUGAUGAUGGUGGAGGAUUCAGGGGAGGACGUGGUGGGGGACGUGGUGGGGGACGUGGUGUUGUACGUGGCCCAGAGGUGUUCUCUCCAUCCAGUGGAAAGAUUCCCCCCCCAAAUCUGAAUGUUAAAAAGGUCGAGGACCAGUAUAAGGGAUCCGCCAGCCCAGGAAGGGAUGUGAGCCUAGAGUCUCUUUCACUUAGCAGGGAUUUUCCCCUAAGGCCUGCUUUCGGAACACAAGGAAGGCCCGUCCUGCUUUGGGCGAACUACUUUGAAAUGAUAUCAAAGUCGAAUCUCACCCUGUACCGCUACAAGGUGGAGGUCCUGGAACAAGAUUCCAAAUUGCCUGCUGGCAGGAAGCUCAAGCGUAUUAUUGAACUUUUGUUGGAAGAUCAUUUUGGAAACAUGGCGAACAAAAUUGCAACUGAUUACAAGGCAACCUUGGUCUGCAAGACCAACCUUAAUCUUGACCAGGAACUGUUUCCGAUUAAAUAUCGACUCGAGGACGAAGACGAGACGUCCCCCAAGGCAAAGACUUACCAGAUUCGGGUCAUUCCUAUUGGUUCUCUUGAUGUAGCAACAUUGAUGCAAUAUCUCUCCUCGCCUAAUUCUGGCACUCCUCUCAUUAGCAAAGAAGAGAUACUUCAGGCCUUGAACAUCGUCUUCGGUCAUCACCCGAAGAGUAAUCGGAAUUUACUUUCGAUAGGUGCAAACAAACAUUUCCCCUUGCAACAGGGAGUCGAAAGUUAUGAUCUUUCUGGAGGACUAGUAGCACUUAGGGGUUUCUUCGUCAGCGUCCGGGCAGCGACUUCUCGCCUUCUUGUGAACGUUCAAGUUAGGGCCACUCCUUGCUACAGCAGUGGGAGCUUAUCUGAUAUCAUAAAUGUUCUCAGUGGUACGAUGCGAGGCCGAGAUCGCAUGAGCCAACUCCAUCGCUUCCUUAGGAGAGUACGCGUGAGCGUCACACAUGUUGUCCGUAAGAAUAAAUCGGGCCAGGUUAUUUUGCGGAUCAAGACCAUUGAUGGUCUUGCACAACAACAUGAUGGUCGACGCUUGGAAAACCCACCGCAGGUGCCUUGGCUAGGAGCAGGUCCAAAAGACGUCAAAUUCUUUCUUGAUGAGCCAGCGCCGGCUGCAGAGAGUCAACAGAAGAAAAGUGGGAAGAAAGGCAAAUUGCCUGGAGCGAAACCUGGCGGAGAUUUACCUACAGGCUCAUAUAUAAGUGUCUACGACUAUUUCAGACGCACAUAUCCAAACCUUCCGUUGCUCAACGAGGCACUUCCGGUUGUCAACGUAGGGAACAAGGAAAAUCCAAACUACCUCCCUGUGGACGUUUGCCAGGUCCUUCCUGGACAGCCGGCAAAUGCUAAGCUUAACCCCAGUCAAACACAAAAUAUGAUCAAGUUUGCGGUCGCUAAACCUGUGGAAAAUGCCAGGGCAAUUGUCACGAAUGGGGCCCAGGUUCUUGGUAUUGGUCCACAGUUGAACCCCAUGUUGGAUGGUAUGGAGUUCUCGAUGUUGCCCAAUUUAAUCACUGUUCCUGGCCGGGUCUUGGAAGGGCCGAAUGCUAUCCAGUACAAAGGACAGAGCUUCAAAAUCCCUCAAAGCGGGAACUGGAACCUUCAGAAGGUUGCGUUUCACCAAGGAUCGCAGCUCCCGCCCUGGACCUAUUUAUAUUACCAGGGGGGGCGAACUGACACAGCAGCCCUUUCCGAUAGCGUUGAUAGAUUUAUGGAAACUGCUAAGAUGCAGGGUCUUGCUGUUCCGGCACCCAGCCGGCCAAUUGCUGUUAAUGUUCCCCGGGGCCAAAGCCCAGAGGAUGUAACCAUUGACCCUAUUUUCGCGGAGAUUCGCCAGCAGUCACGUGUAAGGUUGGUACUGGUGAUCUUGCCUUUUGCAAGCCCCCCAAUUUACAAUCAGAUAAAAUACAGGGGAGAUGUCAAAGACGGCAUCCAUACUAUUUGCGUUGUCGCAGAAAAAUUUGCGAAGAAUCAGGUUCAAUAUUUUGCCAACGUUGCUCUGAAGUUCAACUUGAAGCUCGGAGGAGUCAACCACCGGCUUCAGCCAUCCAAGCUGGGAACUCUCUCCGAGGGCAAAACCAUGGUCGUUGGUAUUGAUGUCACUCACCCUUCUCCCGGCUCUGCCCCAACUGCACCAAGCAUUGCUGGAAUGGUCGCAAGCGUGGAUAAUGUGCUUGGCCAGUGGCCCGCCAGCAUCCGUUUGCAGCACCAGGCCCGCGCGGAGAUGGUCAACGAUCUUGAUCCCAUGCUACAAUCUCGUCUGCAACUUUGGCAAAAGAAAAAUAACAAACGCCUGCCAGAGAAUAUCCUGGUAUACCGCGACGGAGUAUCCGAAGGUCAAUACGGCAAAGUCCUUGACGAAGAACUGCCACUGCUCCGCAACGCAUGCAAAGCUAUCUACCCAGCUGACCAGUCAAAGAAGGGUCUACCAAGAAUUUCUAUCAUCAUCGUAGGAAAACGACACAAUACAAGAUUCUACCCAACCGACCUCAAAGAUGCCGAUAGCAGCUCAAAUCCCAACAACGGCACCGUCGUCGACCGCGGCGUCACAGAAUCACGUAACUGGGAUUUCUUCUUGCAGGCCCAUACCGCUCUACAAGGCACUGCGCGCCCCGCCCACUACUAUGUCAUUCACGACGAGAUUUUCUCCGGCAAAAAGACAUCCAACCGAUUUCCUAGCAUUGCUGACGACCUUGAGGACCUGACACACAAUCUCUGUUACUUGUUCGGUCGAGCAACCAAGGCUGUCAGCAUCUGCCCACCGGCUUACUAUGCGGACCUGGUUUGUGAGCGUGCCCGGCGCUACUUGAGCAAGUAUUUUGAUAUGAGCCCUGACGUCAGUGUUGCUUCCUCCGGUGCUGGUGAGGGUGGUCCUUCGCCCUCCGGCAGCGAUAUUCUGGUUCACCAGGAUCUGACAGAUACUAUGUUUUACAUUUGA